AUGGAGCCUGUACCCCAGCUCAGAACACACCCUAUAGGACCCAGGACACGCCUGUGGUACACCUGGAUACAUCCGAGCAGGUGGCACCGCGAGAAGCAGGCUGCGGACGUGGCAGUUGCGGGGAGGGAGAUAGGGGGGAGGGGAACAGGUGCGCCGGCCACGCCCCCGGACGCCACGCCCCCGGACGCCACGCCCCCGGACGCCACGCCCCCGGACGCCACGCCCCCGGACGCCACGCCCCCGGACGCCACGCCCCCGGACGCCACGCCCCCGGACGCCACGCCCCCGGACGCCACGCCCCCGGACGCCACGCCCCCUAACGCCACGCCCCCUAACGCCACGCCCCCUAACGCCACGCCCCCUAACGCCAGGCCACGCCCCGGCCACGUCCCCAGCGACCACACCACGCCCCCUGGGAGGGCGGGGCUGCUUCCGGGUGGGGGCGGCCGUUGA